UACGACGAAGGAACGGCGUUCAUGCCUGUUGUCUCUCACAAGCGCCAGCUUCCCAUUCUCAAGGACUACAAGUUCAUGGCUUUGGACGAGGACGGCUUCGACUUGCCUCCAGACUGGUACAUGCGCAUCUGUGGUUAUGCCGCCGAGAGCUUCCGCGGCGAGCGCUUGCUUUUGAGCACCUUCCCUUCUAAGGAACUCCAGGACUACUGGUCAUCUCGUCCCCACUACGAAGUC